GUCAAGACUUUUGUAAGAAUAGGAAAACAUCAGCAAUGAGGAGUUUUUGUAUGAUAAUUAGCUUAGGCCUAUUGGCAUUUGCCUCGGCUGCUAAAUUGGAUCCCAGCUGUAUGCUGAAAGAAAUGACUCCUACGGAUGAACGUAUACACGCUCAUGGUUAUCCAGCUGAAUCGCAUCAUGUAGAGACCGAGGAUGGUUAUGUUUUGAACUUAUUCCGUAUACCCUAUUCACAUAAAUUACAAAAUCAAAAUGCCAAACGUCCUGUUAUUCUAUUGCAACAUGGUCUCUUCAGUAACUCCGAUUGUUGGCUGUCCACCGGUCCCGAUUAUGCUUUAGCUUACCUCAUGGUCGAUGCCGGUUUCGAUGUCUGGCUGGGCAAUGCUCGUGGCAAUAUUUAUUCUAGACAAAAUACCAAAAUUUCUCUAAACAAUCCGAAAUUCUGGCAUUUCGAUUGGCAUGAAAUUGGAAAAAUUGAUAUUCCAACCAUGAUCGAUUUCAUCAUUGAGGAGACGGGUGAACAGCAAAUACAUUAUGCUGGUCAUUCGCAAGGUACUACCGUUUACUUUGUCAUGAUGUCUGAGCGUCCAGAAUACAAUAUGAAAAUUAAAUCUGCCCAUAUGUUGGCUCCUUGUGCUUUCUUCGAACAUGGCACCUCAUAUGCUUUCAAAGUCUUCCGUCCUCUAGUGGGUAAACCGGGUGGCAUUUGGAAUCAGGCUCUAGGUGAUUUGGAAUUAUUGCCUCAAAACACUUUGAUUGCUGGUGUUGCGGAUACUGCUUGUGGCACUGAUCCCGCUUUGAAGUUCUUGUGCAAAAAUUUGUGGCUUCUUUUUGCCGGUGAAGGUUACACUAACACCAAUGUCACUGCUAUGCAAGUUCUGGUGGAGACCCAUCCCGGCGGUGCAUCCAGCAACCAGGGUAUUCAUUAUAUUCAGUUGAGUGAUUACAACAAGGGUCGCUUUUGUCAAAAGGAUUAUGGUCCAAAACAAAAUAAGCAAAUCUAUGGCCAAGAACAGGCUCCUGACUAUAAUCUGGCCAACAUUAAGGCACCUACGUACUUGUAUUCCAGUACAAAUGAUGCUUUGUGUGAUCCUAAAGAUGUUAAUACUUUGGUCGCUAAUACGCCACACUUGGCGGGAGAUUAUCGUGUUCCUGAGCAAAGUUUCAAUCAUUUGGAUUUCAUUGUGGCCCACAAUAUGAAGGAGCUGGUAAAUGAUCCCGUUAUGGCAAAUAUUUUCAAACAUGAAGAUUCUUUGUAAAUAGAUUAACAUUUUAUAUGGAAAUAAGUAUUGUGAUAUAUUCGAGUUAUUCUGAAUAAAUUUUAAAGACAAAUUUA